UGGAUUGUUAGUCUUUUGCAGUCAUUCAAGGCGAUCGGUUUAAAACAAAGAGAAUUUUUUGUUUUGUGAUAAUUUUGGGCGACAUUUCGUUUCUCGUACAAAGUGGUGCAGCUCUUGUGAAACACAUAAUGGCCAGGUCUCAGUUACAAGUGAUAUUUAUUUAUGUGGUCGUUACAGCGUUCAUUGGGUCAGGAUAUCCAAAUCACUAUCCAAUGAGAUGCUCGUCGAAGCUUGAAAUGGCACUUGAGAGAAUGUUAAGAAAAGACCAGUCACGUUCCGGAUUUCGGUCUCACAUUGACCUACCACCUUAUACUCAAUCUCCACUGACGACAAAGUCCUACUUUAGCAAUGUUAACGAGAAAAUGGACUACGAUUAUGACAGCGACGAGCGUGCCAUACCACAUCGUAACGUUGAAGUAGCAGAAUUACGGGUCCGACUACCGACGAACGCACGAUGGGUUCAUGUGGACAAAUGUACAUUUGUUCCAGAAAAUCGAACGCUAGACACACGGUUAGUCUUUCCAGAUUUAACAAUUUCGGGAAAGGUUUUUGUUCGACCACAUCAGGGUAACUGCGAAAUGAUAUUACGUUUACGCCGAGCUGGUAUUGAAUUCCACACUACACCAAUCGUUGAGGAACGGUCUCGUGCAGCAUCAGUACGAACAGAUUCACAUUUCGCCGAGCCUGGUUUCAUUUCCGUUUACGCCCAUGGCUGUGACGGUCUGAGUCCAUUCAAAUAUCGCCAAAAUUCAAAACGGAAUCCCAUUUUCGAUCAAAACAACGAUGAACAAAGACGUUACGAUUUCCCUCCGUACGGUCCUAACAGAUAUGAUCGAUACGAUCGGUUGGAUCGACCGCACAAUUUUAAAAAGCGAUCCAUAGACGAUGCACUAUUAACGGCCACGGAUGAUAUCCGAUUUGACGACGAACUUCUCGAUAACUCGAAUUCGCGCAGCGAGUCGAGAACAUUCGGUAACUACUUUGAUAACAACAGAGAAGGACAUCGGAUGGGUCAACCAUUUUCCGGUCAAUGGCAGAACGUUGAAUUGGCCAAUUCUGAUGAACAGGAUGACGCGUAUUCGAGAGAAUUGGAGGAUUUGUUUUCGAAAGGUGUUCGAAGCAUAUUGACGUCUUACAUGCAAAAAGCGCUCCAACCAGCGAUCAAAGAGACUUUAAUGGAAAGUAUGGGAUAUACAUUGUCAUACGGAUAAGCGUAAUGUCCAUCAUUUUUAUUAGAAGUAGGAGUGAUGUGGAAUGGAAGGUAUAGAGAAUGGUUGAUUGAUUUCUAUCAUCAUUUGGCUUUUGAACUUGAACAAAUUUUAGUUUGAAUUUAAAGCGUAGAUUUGGCUGUUAAAAUUAUUGUGAUCGUUUUUUCCAUUUAUAGUUUAAAUCACAAAAAUAUAGCGUAGCCCAAACGAAUC